AUGUAUGGUUCUUCGGCUUCAACUUUGGAAGCAAAAGUAGUGAUUUUGGGUAGUCAAGGUGUCGGUAAAACAUCACUUGUUGUACGUUAUAUUGAUAAAACCUUUUCACCCAAUUCCACAUCGACCAUUGGCGCUUCUUUCAUGACCAAAAAACAAACGGUGGAUAACUGUAAAGUAAGACUUCAAAUCUGGGACACGGCAGGUCAAGAGAGGUUUCGGGCAAUGGCUCCCAUGUAUUAUAGAGGUGCACAGGCAGCUUUAUUAGUGUAUGAUAUUACAUCACAAGAAAGCUUUGAGGAGCUGUCAUCAUGGAUAGAAGAACUCAAGCGAAAUAUGACUGAGGAUCUGGUCAUUGUGGUAGCAGCAAACAAGUUGGAUUUAGCUCAGACUCGGAGGGAGGUAUCAUAUGACGAUGCUCAGAAAUAUAUCACGCGUGUGUUGGGACCAGAGACAUUGUUAUAUGAAGUAUCAGCAAAAGAAGAUGAUGGCCGAAUUGAGGACAUUUUUAUCCAUAUAGCUCGUGUUUUAGUAGAACGUAAACAGUACCUUCCUUCUGUAAAAAGAAAACCAACAACUUAUUUACCAAUGGAUGAGGAGCCUUCAACUGCUAAAUCCUCAUCUUGUUGUGGUUUCUAA